AUGCUCUCAAGAUCAUGCUUUGAUUUGUUGAAUUUGGACCCCAUUGUCGAUUUCCGGGCUGUUAGUCGGAUCCCAAGAGUCAUGAAAUCCCCCGAGUUUAUCUCCGAUUUCGAAAACGCCGACCACCGCGGCUCCGGCGGGUCAUUCUCCUCCUCCGACAACAACGACAACGACAAUGGUUCCUCUGUAACACAAGAACAAGGAAGAAGAAUCAUUGUCUCCAACCACCUGCCUAUACGUGCUUUUCGAGACAAAGAUACGAAUAAGUGGAGUUUCGAAUACGACCACGACAGUUUGGUCCUCCAACUCAAAGACGGCGGCGGGUUCGCCGCGGACGUCGAGGUUCUUUACGUCGGCUGCUUAAACGGCGCCGAGAUCGACCCCUGCGAUCAAGACGGUGUCGCAUUGGUCCUCCUGCAUGAGUUUCACUGCGUCCCCUGUUUUCUCCCGACGGAAACACUCAACAAAUUCUAUCAUGGCUUCUGUAAACACUAUCUAUGGCCUCUGUUUCACUACAUGCUUCCCAUGACGCCCAGCCACGGCGCACGGUUCGACCGUGCACUCUGGCAGGCCUACGUCUCAGCCAACAAGGCCUUUGCUGACAGAAUCAUGGAGGUUCUGAACCCCGAUGUGGACUAUGUUUGGAUCCAUGACUAUCAUCUUAUGGUGUUGCCAACUUUCUUGAGGAAAAGGUACUAUCGUGUCAAGCUUGGUUUCUUUCUGCAUAGUCCUUUUCCUUCGUCGGAGAUUUACCGGACGAUUCCGGUCCGGGAGGAGAUUCUGAGGGCGUUGCUGAAUUGUGAUCUUAUAGGGUUCCAUAUAUUUGACUAUGCUAGGCACUUUUUGUCUUGCUGUAGUAGAAUGCUGGGUCUUCAUUAUGAGUUUAAGAGAGGGUACAUGGGAUUGGAGUACUAUGGUAGAAUAGUGAGUAUUAAGAUGAUGCCUGUGGGGAUUCAUAUGGGUCAGCUGCAAAGGGUUUUGGCGCUUGAUGAUACUGCUGAGAAAGUGAAGAUGUUGAAGGAGAAGUACGAGGGGAAGGUUGUGAUUUUGGGAGUGGAUGACUUAGACUUGUUUAAGGGGAUUAGUUUGAAGUUUCUGGCAAUGAAGCAGCUUUUGGAGGAGCAUCAGAGGUUGAGGGGGAAGGUUGUUUUGGUGCAGAUAACAAACCCCGCACGAAGCGGAGGCAAGGAUGUGCAGGAAGUUCUGAAUGAGACAAGUACUAUUGCAAAAGAGAUCAAUGAGAAGUAUGGCCAGCCCGAAUACCAGCCUGUUGCAAUGAUCAAUGGACCUUUGUCAACGCAAGAUAAAGCUGCAUAUUACACUAUUUCAGAGUGUUGUUUGAUUAACGCUGUGAGGGAUGGGAUGAAUUUGGUGCCUUACAGGUAUACUGUUUGUAGGCAGGGGAGCUCUGUUUUGGACAAGGUAUUGGCAACUAGUGAUGAGGCAGCAGACGCAAAAAAGAGUGUGAUCAUUGUCUCUGAAUUUAUUGGAUGUUCACCGUCUCUUAGCGGCGCAAUACGCGUCAAUCCUUGGAACAUUGAUGCUGUCUCUGAUGCCAUGAAUUCGGCCAUCACAAUGUCGGAGGAAGAAAAGCACUUUCGCCAUGACAAGCAUUACAAGUAUAUCAGUUCUCAUGAUGUUGGUUAUUGGGCUCGGAGUUUUGAUCAAGAUCUUGUGAGAGCUUGCAGAGAGCAUUACACUAGGAGAUGCUGGGGCAUUGGUUUAGGUUUGGGAUUCAGAGUUGUAGCUUUAGGGUUCAACUUCAGGAAGCUUUCUGUGGAUCACAUUGCUCAUGCUUACAGAAAUACAAGUAGCCGGCUCAUCUUAUUAGACUAUGAUGGCACCAUGACACCUCAGGCUUCAGUCGACAAAGCUCCAAGCAGUGAAGUUAUUUCGGUCUUGAAUCGCUUAUGCAGUGAUCCUAAAAACUUUGUUUUCAUUGUGAGUGGCCGAGGGAAGGAUUCUCUCAGCAAGUGGUUUUCUCAAUGUGAGAAACUGGGUUUAUCAGCAGAGCAUGGUUACUUCACUAGGUGGAGUAAAGAUUCUGCUUGGGAGACUUGCUCCUUGACAAUGGAUUACAGCUGGAAGAAGAUUGUGCUGCCUAUUAUGGAGUCAUACACAGAAGCAACUGAUGGUUCUUUUAUAGAGGAGAAAGACAGUGCACUGGUUUGGCAUCAUCAAGAUGCCGAUCCUCAUUUCGGCUCUUCCCAGGCUAAAGAGCUGCUUGAUCACCUGGAGAGUGUUCUUGUCAAUGAGCCGGUUGUAGUUAAAAGAGGCCAACACAUCGUGGAAGUGAAACCACUGGGUGUGAGCAAAGGUAUAGUUGUGGAGGAGCUCAUCGCCACUAUGCGAAAUAAGGUGAGGUCACCAGAUUUCUUGCUAUGCAUAGGGGACGAUCGCUCGGAUGAAGAUAUGUUUAAGAGUAUCAUGUAUCCCGAAUCAAGUCCAUCCAUGCCAGCCAUUGCAGAAGUGUUUGCUUGCACUGUUGGUCAAAAACCAAGUAUGGCAAAAUACUAUCUGGAUGAUACAGUUGAUGUUAUCAAGUUGCUAGAAGGCCUCGCUUCAGCAUCAGCACAACUGAAGUCUCGACCGCAACAUGAGGAAUCAUUUGAGGUGUUCAUUUGA